CGGCGGCCGCUAGUCGAUGCAUUGUCAUGGGUACUAACAAUUGACUUAACUACACCACUGUCUACAAAGUUGGUCUCGACACUUGAAUCUGGUAAAUCUUCCGACUGUCAAGGUUUGUUUCUGCUGUCUUGGAUGUUCAUCGAUGGCGAUACUAAUGGGUGAGAAGCGGAGCUAGGUAAAUUUUCGUUUCGCUGUCGCCACUCAGCUAGCUCCUCGGAUUCGACCCUCACCGCUUGGAACAACUUGAUCGAGGCUCCUGAUGCCGGAUCCGGUGACUGCUGCUACUGCCAUAGGAUGGGGCGUGAAAGCCCUGGGCUGGGUCGCCUCGCCUGUCAUUUCUGAGCUUUACAAGAAGUACUCCUCCCUCCUCAGCUUUGACGAAGCUGAGAAGUUGAGACAACUCGCCCCAAAGAUCUUACUGCUGGAGCGGGUGGUGGAAGUGGUGGAGGAGAGCCCUCACAGGUCUCGUCUCGAGCCGCUCUUCGCAGAUCCCAAGUCUGCUCUCUACGAAGCUGAAGACAUCCUGGAUGAUGUUGAGUAUUCUCGCCUCAAGAAGCAGGUCCAAGACUUCAAUAAGAGUGAACACCUCCAUAAAAAAUUAAAGUCUGCCAUGUCGUCCUUGGUCGGGAAAAACAAGGAGGUAGGUAUGUCAAAAAAAGAGUUGAAGACAAGUCUAGAGAAUAUAGAAAAUAUUACAAAUGAAGCACACCAAAUUUUGAAAUCGCUGAACUUGUCCGAUGUAAGUAAAGGCAAUGAGAAAGAACCUAUUGCUACCACCUCACCUACUACAGCAACUUCCCUGGUAAAAGUAAUUGGACGAGAUGAGGAACGUAAAAAGAUCGUAGCAAUGCUUCAUGAGAAGGCAGGUCAUGGUCAGAUAAACACGGAAAGCGGUCUAUGUUAUUCCGUGGUGGGAAUUCAUGGCGUUAGUGGAUCCGGGAAGUCAACGCUCGCACAGUUUGUUUAUGCCCAAGAGGAAAAGGAGGGCCAUUUUGAUUGUCUAAUGUGGAGCCACGUCUCUAAAAAAAAUAGCGUGGGGAACAUUUACAGGCAAAUGGUUCUAGCACUUGCAGCACAAGCAUGUGAUGAGAAGCGAAAACAACUACUGAAUACUGCAUCAUUGUAUGAAAACCAUGAGGGGUGUUUUCUUGGUAGUCUACAAGAUAAAUUGAAACGGGAACUCAGUGGCAGAAGAUUUCUCUUGGUAUUGGAUGACGUUUGGUGCAGUAAGGAUGUUGUUGAGCAGAAUCAAGCACAGUUACUUUCUGUAUUGGAGGGUGGAAAGAGAGGAAGCAAGAUCCUAGUAACAAGUCGAAAUGAAGAUGCAUUCUCAGAUCUUGGUCCAGAUGUGAGAUAUAUUACUGUUCCAAUAGGUCAGUUGGACGGUAGUACGUUCAAUCAGCUAUUCAUGUAUUAUGCACUUGGAGAAGGCGGAGAUGGGAGCACACUCCGGCAUAUUGGGGAAAGUAUUGCAGAGAAGCUCAAGAGAUCGCCUCUAGCGGCCCGUACAGUGGGAGAACAACUACGUAAAAGGCAGAAUGUUGAAUACUGGAGAAGAACUAAAGAUCGGGACCUUUUAAAUGAGACGAUGGGUGCUCUGUCAUGGAGCUACCAGCAUCUUAAUGAGCAGCUCAGACGUUGCUUUGCUUACUGCAGUAUGUUUCCCAAAGGACAUCAUUUCAGACGUAACGAGUUAGUGAAACUGUGGGUGGCAGAAGGGUUUAUAAGAAGUACUAAUGGAGGGGAGGAAAUGGAAGACGUUGGUCAGGAUUACUUUGACGAACUUGUGUCAAUCUCAUUCAUGCAACUAGGAAAGGAGUCCUGGGGAGAGGACUGCUAUGUAAUGCAUGAUCUGGUUCAUGAUUUAGCAGAGAGGAUUGCCGGAAGUGAUUGCUAUAGAAUCGAGAAUGGGUCAAGAGUUAAAGUUCCUCCAGGUGUUCGUCAUCUUUAUGUUGAUACAUUUGAUGCAGAGGAAGCUGAUGUGGAGACUGUUGAGUUGGAAAACCUGCGCACUCUCAUCAUUAAAAAUGUCUGCUACACAAAAAAUAGCAUGAAGAUUCUCAAGACAAUGUUCGGGAGGCUGCGAAAAUUGCGGGUCCUGAAUAUAAGGUUUAUUAAUCCUUAUCUGGCCCAAGACUUGGUAUCUAUUAUUGGUCUCUUAAAGCAUCUACGGCACCUUACAGUGAAGAUUCAUUCCGGACCAUCAACCCGUGUAACUCUUCCAGCCUCUUUCAAAAAGCUUCACCAGAUUCAGACCAUUGAUUUUGGAAGUGUCGGAUUUUUUCGGCUCUCCGAAGGUGAAGAUAAGAUUAACUUGGUUAGCUUGCGGCAUGUAGAGACCGAUAAGUUCUGGAACGUGGUGAACAUUGUCAGCUCUACAUCGGCACAGCAGUUGGGAUCCCUCGCUUUAAGUGAGGAACACGGUCACAACAUAGAACAGCUGAGGGACCUAAACAAGCUUCGUGGUAGGUUGUCCAUUAGUCGUCUUGGAAUUGUUAAAAGCAAGAAGGAAGCUCUCCAAGCUAUGCUAGCUGAUAAGCAGCGACUCAUAGGACUGGCACUGUCCUGGGAUACUGAGGAUACUCACAGCCGGCAUCGUUAUGAUAAAAACAGAUGCAGUCCAGAAGUUAAACUAGAGGUACUUGAGGGUCUUUGUCCCCAGAAGGAUCUUGAAGAACUGAUACUCAUAAAGUACAGCGGUCCGAGAUACCCUAAUUGGAUGGUGGGUAGGAAGAAUGGUGGCCCAAAUCGCCUGCAAGUACUUGACCUCCGGGGAUGCAGCCUGCUGGGACUUGCUCCAGUUUUUGAGGUCUUCACAGAACUUCGUGUUCUCUCACUUCGGGGAUGCGACUGGGUCACCUUGCCAGACACUAUGGUGCAUCUCAAAUCACUGAAGAAACUGUCCAUCUGUCAUUUCCCUAAUAUUGAGUAUCUUCCCGUACUGCCCCAGUCCAUUGAGGAGUUUGAACUCAAGCGCUGCAACGAGGUAUUCACGAGGUCAUGUCAAACAAUUGAAAAUCCAAACUGGGAAAAGAUUCAGCACAUUCACAAGAGAGACAUCAACAUGAAAGGUGUAAUGUUUGAUGACGAUGGCUUGAUCAUUGGAGAACGGGGCAGGAACCUUACAGCAGAACGCUUCACCUGGAGGAGACAAUCAGAUGAUUUUUAAUAUCGUUAGCUGUUUUUUUAUCACAAAAUAACGUUAGCUGUAGAGCGCUGAAUUAAUGUAUUUCUUGCGAUUUUAAAAUUUGUAGAACGAUAAACGAUAACUAUGACGGAUGCCUGGAUUGUAAUAUUGUGGAGUGUCGACCCUGGAUUUAGUAGUUUGAUAUGGUUUGUAAUAAUGUUGAAUUGGGAAUAUUGAGUUUCUAAAUUUCUUCAUUCACACAGAAUAAAAAUCUUAAGAUAUGUACUUACU